ACUUGGUGUGUGAAGCGACCAACAACACGACGCUGGCCAACACUUCCAGAAAACUUCCUGCAAACUGCACCUACCAUCAAGAAGCAGAGAAGACGCUGCUGGUUUUUACCCUCUGCCCUGCUUUCAUGAAGAGAUUCUCACUUGCAUCAGCAUUCCGUCAUGUUGGCUUCAUGGGAAUUACCAUCUUCGUUGGGUUUGGACUGUAUGGCAUUUAUGAAUUCUUCUUUGGUUCCCUCCCUGUGCACACGGUUGAAUUUUUCCAGGCAAAUUCAACUGUUCCAUUUCCAUUUCAAGACCAUGGAGAGAGGAUAGUAUCUCAGUACAUGCAGAUUGGAGAGAUACUGCCAAACUGUGGUCUCGAUUAUGUCUGUCCACACGAUCACUUCCCCGUUCACAUAUAUAGUGGGAAAAGCAAAGAUGAUAUGCCCAAGAUAUGUGUGUCAGGGAAAUAUGUUAUCCAGAGAGAUAUAAAUAAUGGUGGACGAGGCAUGAACAUGGUAGUUGUCGACUCUCAUCGAAUGAAACCUGUAAAUGCUCGCCGCUUUGAUACCUAUGCAAUGGACUCGAGUGAAAUGGAACUGUUUCUGUUACGGGAGGUUCGAGAGGGAGACAUUCUCAUUGCGAUGACGUUUGAUGAAGCCUCAAGAAACUUAGGCGCCAUGGCCAAGAGUUUACUUGCUGAUCUAGGUAGUAGUCAGAUUCAAAAUCUGCAAUUCCGAGGUCAGUGGUUCAUGAUCUCUCAGCGAGGGAUGAAGGGCUUCUCUCCUUAUGAGAUUCUAAAGGCUUCCAAAGGUGGACUGUGGUCUCCGAUUGAUGAGCACACAUGUGUUCCUCGCCAGUUGAAAGGACGCAUCAUCAUGCCUGAUCCAAAAGUAAUGCAGAAUGAUGCUCGGUCAAAAUUCUGUGAACAGCAUUCCUACAUCUCCGAUUUUUGUUCGGUUGAUCAGCGGAAUGUGCCUCUCAAACCUGCCAUAUUGACAAACCGACAACUAGUGGGUAGUGCAAUGUUUAUGACUCCAAUUAUGGUGGUUGCUGGAGAAUCUCUCUCGUCAUUGACGCUCACAUUAGAAACCAUUCUAAGCCAACCCGGAAUACAGCCACGGUACGUGGUUGUGGUGUAUAAUCCCGAAGUCAUCAAAGAUGUAACUCAACUGUGUCAACUCUUUGGGUUUAAUGCAAAAGCCACCAGUGAGAAGAAAUACUUUAGGAUAAUGGCAGUGGUAUUUGAAACUGCCUUUGCUCUUUUUCCUGGGUCAUCUUAUGUGACAGUGAUAGAGGAAGGCUUACUCUUGGCCCCAGACUUUAUGGCAUAUUCUGCGAGUGUUUUGCCCCUUCUGCACGACCCGACCAUCAUUGCUAUCUCUGCUUGGAAUGCAAAUGGUUUCCCAAAUGUGUCAUCUCGACCAGAUCUUGUAUAUAGAAUUGAGGAUUUUCCCGGCCAAGCAUUCACUAUACGUAUGGCUACUUAUAUAAAGGAACUGAAGCCAAAUAUGAAAGAGUGCUGCAACAAACGCGGCUGGGAAGGAUGGCUGGAGCUGGGUCGCUGGGAAAGGGAGAUAGUGGUGCCAGAUGUGUCCCGUGUGUUGCGACGUCCAGUGGGUACUGACCUUGAGCCAGUCACACCAUUAAUUCAUGCACUCUUUCACCGUCUGCGUGCCACCAACUUAGAGAUGACAUCACCACUCAGCAAUGCAGACACCCUGACUGCUGAGCGAUAUGAAAAUCAUCUUGUGGAGCUGUUAAAUUCCAGUCAUGCCCAUAUGAUCAGACUUACUAAGGAGGCAGUUAAUGCAUGUGCUUUAAAUGAAUCUAUGAAAAAUUUGAAACUAAUUUUUGAUGACAAGCAGUCAGUACAUGUUGUUCCCUACAAGGAGCUGGACAUAACGGGAUUUGGGGGCAUGAAGAUCCUGUGUCGGUGUUUUGGACUGUUCUAUGAUGAUCGCUCCACCCCAAGAGGGCUGCAUCGCGGGUUGCUACGGUUCAGCAUGGAAGGAAGUGAAGUCAUUUUCCUCAGCAAUAGAAACCAACAUUUUGUGAUGCCGCCUUUCAAUGCCACAACACUGAGUUUGCCAUAAUAAUGAAGGCAAGUUAUCAUAAUUUUACACUAUUAAUGCACAAGAUUUUAACUACAUUUUCUUAAUAAUGUUAUUACUUAUAUUGCACAUUCCAGUUGUAGAAAUUUGGGUUUUCCCCCAAAUUCCAACCUAAAAAUAAAUUUGAGUCUCAUCAUUUUAGUAAUAGCUGGAUUAUUCCAUUUUCUUAAUACUAUAAUACAGUAUAGAAUUGAUAAACCCUCAUUUUCUUUUUUGGGGAAUGAAGUGUGUGUGCCAUUUAAUUCCUGUAUGUAAUUAAAUGUCAGUCUGAAUCUCCCAUGCUACAGAAUUAUAGAACCAUCAUUUAAAAGGUAGAAUUUAGCAUGAGGAGUCAAUAAUCCAUUUUGUGAGGGGGCCCAGACUAAGUCCUUAAUAAUAUGCACUACUGAAUACUGGAAAUGUAUAACUAUAAACCAAAGUAAUGAACUUAACUACAGUAUUAUUAAUACAGAUAUAUAUAUAUAUGUCGUACCUAGUAGCCAGAACGCACUUCUCGGCCUACUAUGCAAGGCCCGAUUUGCCUAAUAGACCAAGUGAUUUUCUUUAUUUUUAAUAAAUUGUUUCCUA